AUGCCGGUCAACUCUCGCGAUCGCGCGGCGUAUAGGGCCGAUGAGGUCGAGGGGCACUCCAAGCUCAGCGACCAAGAAAAGCAGAGGAUGCUCAAGACAAAUCUUCCCGCGCCCAGCGAGCUUCCCCUUGUCAGCCGGUCGUCGCCGUCGCCGAGGAGAUCGCGCCUCGGUGUGCGGCGCUUUCUCCAGAACCAGCUCCACGUCCUCGUCUUUGCCGUCCUCCAUGGCAUCUUCUCGCUCUACAUCCGAAUCCGCCAGACCGUCAACGUUGUUUGUUAUCAGGUCUCGUCGGUCCUUUACUACCACCACGCCACGCCACAAUAUAUACGAAAGGAUGUCAUGGGCCUUCAGAGGCGGCCCAAGCAUCUCAGCGCCAUACUCAAGGCAGAGGAGAACCACCGCGCCAAAGCCGACUUGGAGAGGUUGAUUGACGAGACGGCCGAGUUGGCGACCUGGUGCGCCUGCGCUGAGAUUCCCAUGCUCUCCGUAUACGAGAAGACUGGAAUCUUGAAGAAGCAUAUGCCCCGUGUCUACGAGGCCGUAAUCCAGAAAUUCACCUUCUACUUCGCCGGCAAGCACCCGAGCCUGUCGGUCACGUCGCCGCACAAGGACGAAUAUUCGUCCCCGUCUGUUGAUGACGACAGUCAAGGCCACCUGAAGCUUCAUCUCAUCUCGGCGCAAGAUGGGCGUGAGUCCAUCGUCGACCUCACUCGCACCCUAGCUGAGAUGUCGCAAAAGGGCAAGCUCUCGCCCCGAGACAUCUCCAUCGAGCUGGUCGACGCAGAGCUCUCCGAGGGCAUCAUGCCGGAGCCAGACCUCCUCAUUCUUUUCAGCCCCUAUGUCGAACUAUCCAGCUAUCCCCCUUGGCAGAUUCGCUUGACCGAGAUCUUCUGCCUCAAGGACAACGAGAGAUUCGGAUACCAAGUAUUCCUGCGGGCGCUCCGCAAGUACGCUAGGGCACAGAUGCGUCACGGCAAGUAA